GGACUGGGUGGGAGCCUCUCCUCCUCAUAGGGUCGGAGAGAAGACUCCCCUCGGGAGGUGGAGCCGGUCACAGGCUGAAGGCAGCCACACUGUUACAGUCUGUGUCUAAGGAGGAGUGAGCUGGGAGUCCGAGGUCAGCGCUCAGAAACGGCCAGGGAGCGGCUCUAUUCCCGGGGAGCGGCAGCAACAAGAAAUCUGAAAACAUGGCUGGAAAACCCAAACUGCACUACACUAAAGGAAGAGGUAAAAUGGAAUCUAUCCGAUGGCUGUUAGCAGCAGCUGGGGUUGAGUUUGAAGAAGAGUUUGUGGAAGCAAAGGAAGACUUGGAAAAGUUACGUAAGGAUGGAUCCCUGCUGUUUCAACAAGUGCCCAUGGUGGAAAUUGACGGGAUGAAGAUGGUGCAGACCAGAGCCAUUCUCAACUACAUAGCAGGGAAACACAACCUCUAUGGGAAGGACUUGAGGGAGAGAGCACUGAUUGAUAUGUACGUGGAAGGAACAACAGAUCUGAUGGGAAUGAUCAUGAUGCUCCCUUUGCAACCGCCCGAGGCAAAGGAGAAGAAUUUUGCCUUAAUCAUCGAGAGGGCCACAACCAGAUACUUCCCAGUCUAUGAAAAGGUUUUAAAAGACCAUGGCCAGCAGUUUCUUGUUGGUAACCAAUUUAGCUGGGCGGAUGUCCAUCUGCUUGAGGCCAUUUUAAUGGCAGAAGAGUGCAAGCCUGAUAUACUCUCCCCAUUCCCUCAGUUACAGGCUUUUAAAGGAAGAAUAAGCAACAUCCCCACAAUUAAGAAAUUCUUGCAGCCUGGUAGCCAAAGGAAACCACCAGCAGAUGACAAGUUCAUUGCACAGGUGAAGAAAAUAUUCAACAUCUAAUCACUAUGUGAUUACUAAAAAUCACUGCUCCUACAGUAUAGUAGCUCAGCCAUGCUUAAUAUAGCUGUAAACUUCACAUAACUCAAACAUUUUAUGGCCUGAGCUAUACAGGAAGUCAGAUUAGAUGAUAAUGGGCUCUUCUGGCUUUAGUCUGUGAAACUGGAUUUGAAAGUUUUUAGCAUGUUAAAUGCUAGCAUGCCGAAACAUAACACUUUAAAAAUGUCACUGCAAUAGCUAUAACUAGAUUACAAUGAAUUGUAGACUAGGGUAACUUGUUAAAUAAUCUUGUAAUUGGAAGAUACAUUUACUUGAAAUAAAACACUCAUUACUUUCU